GGUAGUUUCGCAUAUACUAGGUAGUCGAGAUUUUUCGAGUUGCAUAGCCACUGAGCCGUGUUUUACGACUCUUUUGCAUUGAGAUUACAAGAAGUUCGAAGAGGCCGCUACCUCAUCUGCCAAGAAGCACCGUACGGGUAAAGGUAUUUUUAACUAGUUACAGUCCAUUCCACAUAAGAAAGUGUUGUACCACGACAGCAUCAACUAUGUCGGGUGCAGGUUCCAGUUCCACCAAACCUUCGCUGGUUUCCUCGUCCGUGGGAAUCAACUACUACGAGAUUCUGGGCGUGACCCCGACCGCCAAACUGGAGGAGAUUCGGGAUGCGUACAAGCGUAUGGAUUGCAAAAAUGUCUGGGUCUGGAAGAUUGCAACUUGUCAUGCUGUCUUUGGAUUCCAAAAAAAUCUGUAUUGCAUGACCAGCAACAGGAGCUCAGUUUGUGUUACGCGGAGAGGGCAUUUCUCAUGCGGAAUAGGCAUCAGGAAGCCCUGUAAAAAUCUGUGAUGCUAGAUCAUGCAUUACAUGCGUCAUGGAUCAUACAAAAUAUGCAUCACAAAUCCCGGAAUCUUCCAGACCCAGACACUUUUGCAUUUGAUAAAGCGGCUGGCGUUGCGGAUGCACCCCGACUAUGGAGAGAAAAAAGUUUGUCACAGUCACUAUCUUGGAGGUUUUGCAUUACAAAUUUUUUGAACAUCACAACUUUUCCUUGUAUUGCAGAACCACUAAGGGAAAUCCCGUAUGAAGUUUGGCUGUGAUGCAUUUUUACGCAUGCCAGGCAUUUUUUGUAUUGCAAAAAUGCCCCUGAGUGAUCGUGACGAACUUUUUCCUUCUUAUACCGACCGGGCGUUGAUCAACAAAGACUUGGAGCUGAAAGCGCGUCAGGAGAAAAAAACGAGAAGAUCGUCCGCUUCUGGAGCGGGCGGUGCUGGCAGCACGACCAGCAGCUCAUCUUCUUCUACUUCAUCAAGCGCUGGCGCGGCUGCUGGAUCAUCUGCAGAAGCGCCCCCGGCGAGCAGUUCUACGGAUGUUGACGUUCUUGCAGGAAACCGAGAGAAGAAGAAUCACGCGAAGGAGGACCACCACACUGGUUGUACUGCCAAUGACCACCGCAGCUCGAAGACCACAACAGCGCCGCCGUCGGAGAGCGAGGCGGAACAGGUCGUGGCUCCACCUACUAUCACUGGCUCGGAGCAAAAGGGCGGGAGUUGCAGUUCCACGAGCCGGAUUGCGAAUAAACAGAAGCCACCAGCAGCAGGGGGAGAAAAAGAAAUGGUCGACAGCGGGGAGACAAUGACAAGCCAAAAGAACAACGUCGGAAGAAGUAUUGGUCAAGUAGAUCAUGAUCCUACAGUAGGAGCGCCUGCAACCUCUAGUGCGGCAGGAACAGAAACCAAGAACGCGAGCAAAGGGUCAGUUGUAUCGUCUUUCGACGCGGAAAAUGAGGAUGAUGACCAGUCGUUUUCAUGCGACGUGAGCUAUCCCACAGAAAAAAGCUGGCAGGGCAUAUUUGUAAUGCAAAAAUAAAUAGACAAGAAAAGCAAAAGUUGCAUUGCGUAUCCUACAUAGCCUGCUAUGACUAUGAGGCCUCCCAUGACAGAUUUUUCUGUGUAUUUAUUUUUGCAUUACAAACAUGCCCUGCCAGCUUUUUUCUGUGGGAUAUGACCGGAAAUCGCGGCUCGGGCAGGACCAAGCGUGGGGGCGUAUCAAAUGCAAAUAUGGCUGGGUCUCGGUCUGGAUCUGGAAAUAACUUGUGUUGCUGAUACUUGCAACAUUGCGGAUUGUACGGCAUAUAAACAGCAUCAGCAUGAGAAGUUUUCCACCUCAGGAGCGUCGUGCGGAUUCAUUCGCGUUUAGCAUUACAAAUCCAGACCCAGACACACACGUUUGCAUUGCAUAGGGCAAGGUGAACAUCGAAUUUUACCAAGUCCAGGACGCCUGGAAGACGUUGAGCAACCCAAGCAGAAGGUACCUAGUAUGACAGGAAGAUGAAUUUUGUCUAUGCAAAACAGAGUGUUCCUCUUACAGCUCAUUCGGCAGUGCAGUACAUAAAGCAGGUUCUUUCAUCUCUACUCGUGAUGCAGCAUGACAAGGAUGAAAUGCUAGGCGUAUCUAAAAAUAAAGAUAAUGCUAUCCCAGGUUUCUGUACGAUAUGCGGAACUUCGGGAGCAGCUCCGAGUUUCCCGAAUGCGACGAAAGCUACCUGCUAGACUUGGAGCGCGCCCAGGCGGAGAAGGAUUUGCACCAGAUGAGCAGCUAUCUGACGAAGGUGGUCACGCGGGAAACCCGGGCGAAGGGCGUCAUCAUCAUGGACGCAUGGUAUGUACAAGUACUGUUUUUGUGGUCGAUUGAUAAUUGAUUUAUGAUGUCGCCCAUUUCGCAUGCGGCAUCCUAGACUUAUUGUCUGUAGAUUUUUCUCCCAUCACAAAUUUCUUCCUUCUCUCCUCUACAGGUACGGCGACAUGUCAAUUCUCAGCAAAUUCUACCUCGCUUUCAACGAAAGAUCUUCUCCGAACAGGGUCGGCGAAGACGGGCUCUAUGUGGACGUGCGAGUAAGUCUAAACUAUUGGCUUUCUAGGAAUUUCUGCAUGACAAAAUCCAUAAAUUGUUUUUUUGGGUAAACAUUUCUGCAUCCACAAAAAAAAAAAACAAUCAUCUCCAACUUUGUUAUCAGGUAGCGACCCAGUGCCAAGUGGACUACAAAAGUCAUCGGCUGAUCAUGAGUGGCGGGGAUUCCACCAGUCGGUCGGAUUUGCCCGGUAUCAAAUGCAAAAAUGUCUGGGUCUGGAAGAAUGCAACUUGUCGUGCUAAAUCUGAAUCGUGCAAAAAUCUGUGUUGCAUGAUUGCCACAAGUCGUCCAGUUUUGACCAAGUCGGGAGGGAGUUUCUCACGCAGGAUAGGCACGAUAGAGAUUGCGCAGUAGAAUCUGUCACGCUAGGGCCUGCAUUCCAGAGUUCGUGGGUCAUGGAAAAGCUGCAUGACAAACUUGCAUUCUUCCAGACCCAGACAUAUUUGCAAUUCAUACCCGGGUUCUACAAUCCGAUCCCACUGAGCCUCCGAAAUUCCGUGGAGCUGGGGCUGUUUAUCAGGUAUACGUCUGCUAGAAAUUCUUUGCCUAUGAUGAACUUGUGUGCCAGACGAGAGCGGAUGACAAAUGUCGUCAGCAUGAGAGAUGGAAUUUCGCAUGCUGAUCUACCUUGGGAACGGGAUUUGUCUCGCAUGGCUGCGACUCUGCUGUGAUUUUGUUUAUAUCCGACCUGACCUAGGUACCAGUUUAAUGACGAGGUGCACGAGGUUCUGGCCAACGACUCUGAGCCCAUUUACAUUCCGAAAAAGUCCCACACCAUUUCUUCGAUUGCUAAGCGCAUCCGGCAGGACCGGGAACACCAAAAAGACAUUGAUGCGGCGAAUCGGGGAAAGAAAAUCAACUUCCUGCUACCGAAAAAGGUUUUCAAGUCCGAGAAAACCACCAUGGCGGCGCAUCUCGGGCUUUGCGCGGUGUUCGCGGGCUUGUACUUGUGGAAGGAGCGGUAUCAGGGUGUACAACUCGCUCCCUUCCCCCUCAAAUUUGUAUGGCAUCAACAGCAAUAGGAGCACCAGCACAGGUGGAGCCUGUGCAUGGCAAGUUCAUGCACCCAGUGUAGUAUUGCUUUUGUCUGAGCUUCCACCGGAAUCUGUCAUGCAAAGAAACAGUUCGACGGGGCAGCUCGCACUUGGAUUUGGGAUUUUGCAUGGCAAAUAAGUAAUGAGGGGGAAGGGGAGUAGUUGUGCACUCUCAUAAGCGGGACUUGCUGCAGAAAAUAGUGCAGGAAACCUACGCCGGCUUGACGGAGUCCGCAGCGCUGGCUUCGUCCGUCGGAGGCGCGGCGAAGAUUCGCCAGGGGGAACAUACUGGGGGGCUCAAAGUGACGUUUUGACGACAUGCAUUUGUCAACACGUUUUUGUAGCAGGGCGUGCAAUUCUACGUACUAUGCCAAUUAUAUUACUCAUUGUGUAGUUCAUGCUGAAGCCGAGCUACUUUCCGGUCGUGACUCUGUGCAUAUAUGGAACCAAACACUAACAAAGUAGCAAUACAAGAGACGUCGGCUUUGUAACUUCUGGUUUUACUAUUUGACUUCGACUCUUUUUGUUCACGAUGAAAGCCGCAGUGAAAAAAUUCGCUUCUCGAUCGCUUGUACUACAGAAAUACCCUGGUAUACGGUGUUGUAUCUGUGUAUACCAUUGCCACCAGGUACAGGUUCAUGUACAUGGUCAUGAUUGUACAAAAACGAAAAGCAUAUUAAUGCCGCACAACACACACCAGGCUGCUUUUCUUCUCGGCCGCAGAGUCUGCUCCAGGAAACCGAGCACAGCAAG